AUGUUUUAUUAUUUUGCAUUUGGAAGUAAUUUAUUAAAAGAACGUAUACAAUUAACAAAUAAAUCAGCUCAAUAUGUUGGUAUUGGUGUUUUAGAAGAUUAUAUUUUAUCAUUUGGUGGAUUUAGUAAUAAUUGGUUUGGUGCUACAGCAACAAUUCAACCAUCACCUUCUAAAUAUGUUAUGGGUACUGUAUGGAAAAUGUCUAUCAAUGAUAUGAAAACAUUAGAUUUACAAGAAUCUGUACCAAUUAUAUAUCAACCUGUUGAAAUUUCAAUUCAUCUUUUCUCGGAUAAAUCUUCAAUUAUACAUUGUAGAAGUUAUAUUUUAAAUUCAUUUGAAUUAGGUGAUCCAUCACCAUAUUAUUUAGAUAUAAUAAUUCGUGGAGCUAUUCAAUCUCAACUACCUCAAUCAUAUAUUGAUCAAUUAAAAACAAUUAAACAUAAUGGAUAUUUAGGAAAAUGUAAUCUAUAUAUGAAUAUUCUUAAUAAUAUACCAAUAUCUGAACGUUAUAUAUAUCAUAUAUCAGAUUUAAAUAGAUUACAAUUAGAAUAA